CCGUCGAGCACAAUCAAUUGUGCAAAUUAGCAGUGGAAAUAAUAAUCACCGAGCGAUACAUUGUCGGUAAUAGCGCUUAAGGGCCUGGUACGGUAACGGAAUUCUACCCGCGGGAGUACAAAAUUACAGAACCGAUGUGCAUAAAGUAAUUUGACCCAUCGUCAUGUGCAACGUUCGUUAUCAAACCGUCGACUUGUGACAGACAGACAUCGUACGUAUCGCGUAUCCACCCGGCUAACGGUAAAGGAACAGAUGUAACCACCAAUUAGCGAAAGCAGUGAAGAAGAGGAUUUAAUUUAAAAUUCAAAUAUUGAUGUUCUUGUGUCCAUUAUCAGCGGCGACAGUGUGCGAGAGGGAUAGAGAUAGACAGAGCGAGUGAGAGAAAGCAAUUUCCAUCGAGAAUAGCGACAGGAAAUGGAAGCGCUGUGAAAGUGAGUCUGGUGAUGUCGAGAUUGGACUAGCUUACGGUGCAUUUUUAGUCUAUAACUAGCAACAAUCUCCGGAGCCUGGGAUGGGCCGAACGAACUGCCAAGCGGAAGAGUGCUUUUUUUCUGGAAAAAAAGUUGCAGGAUGAUGGAUGCUCCAGUGAAUUUUAAUGAAGCCGGUUACCUCGGCAGUUUCCUGUCCAACAGUCUCAAGACCAACCAGCUGGAGGUCAACACCGACUCGAAAACGCUCCGGCCAAUCGCUCGGCUCAAGGAACCGCGCGAGCUUUUCGCACUGCCUAAGGAACGGGAUUAUGACUGCCCCCAGCAAGCCCCCAGAUGGCCAAUCGAGUGUCAGGCCCUGGAGGAACGCAUCUACCACAUCAACUAUGCUCCCGAAUCGCCAGAACCUUACUAUCAACCCACGGGGAAAGAGCUCCAGCCCCGGCCCGUUGGCGAAGAGAACGGAGUAAUCCUUUUUAACUACAAUCCAACCAGUGCCGUUCAUUAUUAUACCCGCUCUACGGUGGGCGGAUCCAAGGCGCAACCAACGGCACACCCGAAUGCGUUCGAACCGGACGAUCUGAUCUUCGAGUCGCGCUUCGAAAGUGGCAACCUCGGCCGGGCCAUCAAGAUAACGCCGACCUACUACGAGCUGUACCUGCGGCCGGAUAUGUACACCAAUCGGCACACGCAGUGGUUCUACUUCCGGGUGAAGAACACCAAGGCCAAGGUGAUUUACAGGUUCUCGAUCAUUAACCUGACCAAACCGGACAGCUUGUACAAGGAGGGUAUGCGUCCGCUGAUGUACUCCACCUCGGAUGCCGAGUAUAAUCACGUGGGAUGGCAGCGAUGCGGUGAAAACAUUUCCUACUUUCGUAAUGAUAGUGAUAACGGGUACAACCACGGCAGCUACCAUCACCGGCCAGCUGACGACGACGAUGACGAUUACAUCGGAAAUAGUUCGUUCACGCUAUCGUUCAACAUCGAGUUCCGAUUCGAUGGCGAUACGGUUUACUUUGCGCACAGCUACCCGUACACUUAUUCCGAUCUGCAGGACUACCUGAUGUGCAUACAGCGGAAUCCGGUCAAGUCCAAGUUCUGUAAGUUGCGGCUGCUGUGCCGUUCGCUGGCCGGCAACAACGUUUACUAUCUCACGGUGACGGCGCCGUCGACGCACGAAGACGACAAUCAGAAGAAGAAGAAAGCGGUUAUCAUCACCGCACGUGUUCAUCCUGGCGAAAGUCCUUCCUCGUGGAUGAUGAAGGGUCUUAUGGACUUUAUUACCGGUGAUUCAUACGUGGCGAAAAAACUUCGCCACAAGUUUAUAUUUAAGCUCGUGCCUAUGCUCAAUCCGGACGGCGUAAUCGUGGGGAACACCCGCAGCUCCCUGACCGGACGUGAUCUCAACCGACAGUACCGUACGGUGAUCCGGGAGACAUAUCCGUCGAUCUGGAACACGAAGGCAAUGAUUAGAAGACUGAUGGAGGACUGCGGCGUGGCCAUGUACUGCGACAUGCACGCCCACUCACGCAAGCACAAUGUGUUCAUCUACGGCUGCGAAAAUCUGAAGCGACAUCCGGACCGGCGACUGCUGGAGCAGGUUUUCCCGCUGAUGUUGCAUAAGAAUGUUGCCGAUAAGUUUUCUUUUGAAAACUGCAAAUUCAAGGUGCAGAAGAAUAAGGAAGGCACCGGCCGGAUCGUGGUGUGGGUGCUGGGCGUCACCAACAGCUACACCCUGGAGGCUUCCUUCGGUGGAAGCACGAUGGGAGGCCGGGCUGGGACGCAUUUUUCCACGGCGGACUACGAGCACAUCGGCCGGGCGUACUGCGAAACGCUGAUGGACUACUACGACGAUAAUCCGAUCAAAGAGAAACUUCGGAUGAAGAUCCUUACGCGGCUGUCCAAGGAAGGUUCCAGUGCAGAGGAACCACUCAAUAUUCCACUGUCGGACUAUUCCAGUGACGAGGGGGACACCAGCACCAGCAGUUCGGAGGAUGAGGCGGGCAAAGACAGUAUGGCCGAACUGGAAGGACCGUGCUGUUCAUCACUCAGGGUACCUCCAUCUUCGCCGGUUCUCCCACAGAAGCUUAAGGAUAACAAAAAAAGAAAACAACCCCCCAAAUCCUUCCGAAGGCGGUCUCGGAACGCACACCGAAUUGUGCUGGACAUUCCUACCGCCGAACCGGCCAGUGAUUUCUUCGACUGCACAUCCGAUGAGGAGUCACCGUUUGGCCACCACCGUUUCGCCGCAUCCGACACCGAAAAUAGAGUAAAAAAGAACUUCCGACGUAGAUACAAACGCCACUCGGACCGGAUAAAGAAACUCACUGCCCUCGGUUGUGAAACACAGUUUCUAAUGCCACCGGAGUUGAUAGUUCGUUCGGCCACCAGCCGGUACGUUUCGGAGGACGAAGACGACAAGAACAAGAUGGUGAUUAGUAUAAUCAAAGAAUUCCCUCCCGUGAUUGGAAAGGAACGUGCGUGGCAAAACUUUCAUCGUUCUCAUGCGGAGAGAACUCGAGAGCUUGGGAAGCCGAUCACUCCGGAUAACUUCUACCCUCAGAUAUCGUUCCGAAGAUCGAUCUGGACGGGGACACAUUCUGAUGGCUAUGUCAACGAAAUUACUUCAAGCCCGAAGCCUCUCUCCUGGCGCGUUCCCGCAGUGUUGGUUAAGUCCACACAUUUCGAUAAUGAAGCUUUGCUCACGGCCUGUUCCCAGAAGCUUGCUGCUUGGAAGGAUGAAAAGCGCCACUUAAAGGAACGGCAUCACAAAAGCAUGUCACGGUUGGCUGCCGCUGCUGGAUCCCGCGGAGAUAAGGAGAAUCGUUCUGCUAUUAGCAGCGCUGCACCGCGAUCAAAAGUAUCAUUGAGCGACCAGCAUAGCAAGCAAAAACUUACUGUCGAUAGGAAGCUAGGCGACAGUUUUGAUAGCUCCGGAAUGGUGAAAGUUCGAAAAAAAGCCCGAAACACCCUCAAUAAGAUUGCAGAAAAGGCAGAAAUUAUUUCUAACCUUUCACGAGGCUCCCGUUCCGGUCAGUCACGCCGCGUAGCGGCCGCAGCAUUUCUCUCAAGCGGAUCACCGCGGAAAGUAACCAGCAGUAACAAUUUGCUGACUGCCAGCUCUAUGGUACAAACCAUUCCGACGGGUGCUCCCCUGAUGGUCUCCAGUCAAUCAAUAAAAACCUCAACCCAGCAGGGAAGCGGAAGCUCCAAAUUUAAAACCGGAGGAAUAGUUGUAACCGCUGCCCAGCCAUUCCCAAAGCGCAAAUCAACCCUGCGAGCUAUACGAACCCUAAUCACAGCCCUGCCAUCGGCCGGAAACAGCAAUCCUUCGCCUACGAAACUGCCUACGGCGCCAACAACGCACACAAUCGAUCUACAGCUGACCACACUUUGUUCCGAAACGGAAUCGGAGAAGAACCUUCGGGUUCAAAUUGCUUCGAAGAAGCAUAAAAAGAAACGUACAGCAAACAAGGAUAAAGCGUUCCGAAUCAUGGCAUUGAACUGAACUAGACUUGCGAAACCCCCGUUUGAACGUUCGACCCACUAGAAGAGAAAAAAAACUCAUGUUUGUCAGUGUGAAGAAAAAAUAAUCCUAGUCUAUUCCGUGCAAUCCAAAACAAAUAAAGUUGCAAUUUUUGAAGAAA